CCACCGAGGCUACUUUCUCGGAACACUGUUGCCGACCACUGUUCCAUUCGUGGCGUGCCUGCCACGCCCAUCACGCGGGCGCAGGUGGUGGUGGUCGGAGCACUGGGACGGAGAUGCCCCCCUCUGCCUGCACUGCAACCCGCAAUCUCCCGUAGAUUCCCCUCUCUUCCUUCUUCCCCCCUUCCUUCCUCUCUCCCGCCGCACCCGCACUCACUCCCAUAAGAAAAAGGCGACUCCCUUUUCCGCCGCCCAAAUCCGCCUCCCACCGGCACAUCGCCUCCGUAGUCUGCUCCCUCGCCAUUGGAUUCGCAGCGUUGGCGAGCAGAGGAGGAGGGGCGGCGGCGGCGGCGGCGGCGUUUGUUCGCGGGAUGAGCUUCGGCGGUGGCAGCUCCGUCGCGGCCGGUGCGAAGCGGCCGUUCGAGUACGGCCGGACGCAUGUGGUGAGGCCCAAGGGCGCGCACAAGGCCACCAUCGUCUGGCUCCACGGCCUCGGCGACAAUGGAGCCAGCUGGUCUCAACUGUUGGAAACUCUUCCCCUUCCCAAUAUAAAAUGGAUUUGCCCAACUGCGCCUACGAGGCCUGUGGCAAUCUUUGGCGGGUUCCCAUCUACUGCAUGGUUUGACGUUGCCGAUCUUUCAGAAGAUUCUCCUGAUGAUGUUGAGGGGCUGGAUGCCUCAGCUGCACAUGUUGCAAAUCUUUUGUCAACUGAGCCCGCGGACAUCAAGCUUGGCGUUGGUGGCUUUAGUAUGGGUGCUGCUACUGCCCUUUACUCUGGGACUUGCUUUGCUCAUGGGAAAUAUGGGAAUGGCAAUCCAUAUCCAGUGAACUUAAGUUUAGCUGUGGGUCUGAGUGGCUGGCUUCCAUGUGCCAGGUCAUUGAAGAACAAAAUUGAGAGCUCUCAGGAGGCUGCACAAAAGGCUUCAUUGUUACCUCUUCUCCUUUGUCAUGGAAAAGCUGAUGACGUAGUUCUUUACAAGCAUGGAGAGAGAUCUGUCGAUGCACUGAAGUCAACUGGAUUUUCAAAUGUGGUAUUCAAGUCAUAUAACAGACUUGGACACUACACCGUUCCAGAGGAGAUGGACGAAGUCGGCAAAUGGAUCACAGCAAGCUUGGAAAUCAGUAGUUCAUCGUCUUGAUUGAACGAAGAAACGCCAUGAGAAAGUCUAGGCGUACGGGCGUCUAAAUAAUAAGCACCUGUGGUUGUUCCAAUGUUGAGAGAUAAAUGGUUGGAUAGCGAACUUGGGCUUGGGUAUACUGCCAUGUCUUAGCUAGGCGUUUCAUAUGCAGACAACGCCACUGAAUCAUGUACUCUUGAGAUUUCCAUAAUUUCGUCUGUAUUUCCAUCCAAAGCAGGGGACAUCAUUGUGAUUUCUUUUGUUAUUAUUGUUAGCAGUAAUAUUUUUGUUUCAUUGUGUUGUAUCCAUAUUCUGGACAGCAAACACCCCUCUUUAUUAAUCAUUAGAAACGAGAGUUCCAUAA